UGCUAUUAAAACUUUUAUUCAUAUCAUAGCCAUUUUCAUUUAUAAAUCUUCAGAAACCCUUCCUUGCCCAUUUCUCUCUCUACGCCACGCCGUCUCGCCUCAUCGAGAUCCACCGCUCCUCCAGCGAUUCCGCACCCUAAACCCUACGUCCCGACGCCGUAAGUACGGCGAUAUACCUUUUUAUUCGCUGAACAAAGUUAGAAGGUUAGAGAUAAAGGAAUCUGUUACGGGUUUCCCUCGAGCUCCCCACAGAGUACGAAUUUCUUAGAGGCAUUUUGAAGAGAUCGUUGACCGGUGAUGGCGGCACCAGCGGAGGCGGCAGCUCAGCAACCAGUUUCUGCGCAAGUCGUUGGGAAUGCAUUUGUGCAGCAGUACUAUCACAUUCUGCAUCACUCCCCAUGUCUUGUGCACCGGUUUUAUCAGGACAUAAGCAAGCUUGGGCGUCCAGAGGAGGAUGGCACAGUGAGUAUCACCACCACUAUGCAAGCCAUAAAUGAGAAGAUUGUUUCCCUCAACUAUGAUGAUUUCAGAGCUGAAAUCAAGUCAGUGGAUGCGCAAGAGUCAUAUAAUGGUGGAGUGCAUGUUUUUGUGAUUGGCCAUCUGACGGGAAAGGACAAUGCAGUCCGUCAUUUUGCUCAAGCUUUCUUCCUUGCCCCACAAGAUAGGGGAUACUUUGUACUAAAUGACAUAUUCCGUUAUGUGGAUAGUCCCCACGUGAAUCUGGCCUUGGUCACUGAUGUUGUGCAGCCAGUUACAGAUGAACAAGCUGUUGCUGAUACCGUUGAUGAGAGUCAUGUUUCCGAGCAAAGCACGCCUUCUACAGAGGAAGCUAUCACGGGAGAAGUUUACAACCCCCCUGAAAAUUGUGAGGCUCUGGUUGAACAAGAAGUUGUUGACGAAGAAGUCCCGGUAGCUGAAGUUGUGGACGAAGUGCAAGAUGAUAUACAGGUUGUGGAAUCCAGUGCCAAAAUUGAGGAAUUACCAAAGAAAUCUUACGCCUCUAUCUGUGGUAGAGGGUUCCUUUCUUGUUAUCCUAGUCUUUAUCCAUCACGUAACAUUGUUCAGGUGAAGCAUCUGAAGGAAAGUGGUGCAAUUAUCUCACCCCCUCUUCCUGCUCCUAGAAAGGCUCCACCGAAGCACGUUGAGCAAGCAAACCGUACACUUGUCCCAGCAACGGAUGGAGCAGUACCCUGUUACGAAGUUGUUGAUAAUGGCAAUUAUCAAGAUGCUGAUGGUCACUCAAUUUACAUAAAGGGUCUGCCAAUGAAUGCUACCGAUUCCAUGCUGGAGGAGGUAUUUAAGAAGUUUGGGGCUAUCAAGAAUGAGGGAAUUCAAGUCAGAAGCAACAAACAACAAGGUUUUUGUUUCGGCUUUGUGGAAUUUGAGGAGGCAAGCUCUGUGCAAAAGGCUCUGGAUGCUUCUCCUGUUGCAAUCGGUGGGCGCCAAACCUUUGUUGAGGAAAAGAGAUCUACUAAUUCUCGAGGCAAAGGCUCGGGAUUUAGAAAUGAAGGAUUUCGGGGCCGUGUUGGCAUUUAUGGAGGUGGAAGGGCGAGUUACAACAACAGUGGCUUUCGGAAUCAGAGGGGCGAAGAAAACAUCAAUAGUCGUGUGAGUCGUGUGGCCAAUGGCAGUGCCAAGAACACUUCGCCUCGUGUUUCAGCUACUGCUUGA